UGACGAGCCUGUGACGUUAGCUGUGGAGUGCGCACUUGUUCGCAGACGUGGCUCGGGAGCUCUGAACCUGCGGACGCUAUGUUGCCCAACGUGAAUGAGUCGGCUUCGGCCCUUUACGACCUUCUCAUUAAAGCAAUGGAAGAAGUAAAGAAAGAUCCAUUUUUCUAUGAGACUGAUGUCCAAGUGAAAUUGAUUAAUGAAAAUCGGGCAAAUCCUUUGGAAGGUUUUGGAAGUAGAUAUGGCAUGAGAUUUAUUAUGGAGAAAGUGCGUUCAAAAGAAAAAGAAACUGAGAAUAUGGAAGAAUCACAAUCUGAAGAAUCAGUUAUUUCUGAUAUACCCAUGAAUGGAAAUUCUGGACCACUUGCUUUACCUGUUAAGAGAGCCAGGCAGCUGAUUGGACUUUACACAAUGACACAAAAUCCUAAUAUGACCCAUUUGAAGAUUAAAAGGCCAAUUAAACCUCUUCCUCCCUUGUGGGUAAAAUGUGACAGCUCAGAUCCUGAAAGUACCUGUUGGCUAGGUGCUGAACCUAUUAGAACAAAGAAGGGCAUCACAGGAAUUGUAUUGCAAGUGGUCACAUGUAAAGGUCCCACACCUGAAAAAAACUCUUCUGUAAACCUUGAAGAAUUGAAAAGUUCACAUCUGAAAAGACAUAAGUCAUCUACCGUAACAACCAGAGGUUUUGCUCAAUAUGAACUAUUUAAAUCCACUCCUUUAGAUGAUUCAAUUCCCUUUUCAUAUACUACGAUUGGUUUGGAUAUUUCAUGGAGUCCUGUGGAUGUGCUUCUCCAAACACCACCUCUCACUUCUGCUUCAGUAUUGAACAUUAAAGUGGAACCUGGAGAUCCUAGAAGCCCUUUGUAUCAUCUGCAUAGAGAACUGAAGUUUCUAAUUGCCUUGGCUGAUGGAUUGGCGACUGGUAUUACUGAGUGGCCUGAACCUACAGAGACUAAAUCAUCUGUUGACCUUGUUCAGGAAUUUCUCAAUGAUUUAAAGAGUAAGUUGGAUGGAAUUGAUACUUCAGCAAAAAAAGUCAAGGUAUUGAAAUGUGAUACUGCUGCAGUUGACGAUUCCAUUAAGUGUCUUUUUACAGUACGAGGUGAUCUGGAUUUCACUGAACAGCUGUGGUGCAGAAUGAGAAUGAGUGUUGCUUCAUAUCAAGAUUUGGUGACAUGCUUUACGUUGAUCUUACAGUAUUUAAGACGUGGGGAUGUACAGCCAUGGCUCCACAGAGGGAGUAGUGGUUUGCUAAGUAAGCAUAUUCAGCAAUCUUACCAUGGAGCCAUGGAUGUAAUUCCACUCACUGGUACCACUCCAAUUCGAAUGCUUUUGGAAGUUGGUUUGGACAAAAUAAAGAGAGAUUACAUUAACUUUUUCAUAGGCAAGGAGCUUGCAUCAUUGAAUCACUUGGAUUACUUUAUUUCCACAUCCAUAGAUACACAAGAACAAGUACGUCGUGUUAGGAAACUCCACCACAUUCUAGAAGUUGUGAUCAGUUGCAUGAUGUACCUUAAACUUCCACACGAAAUCCUAUUCACUUUAGCACAGUCUUGCAUUCUAUAUUAUAAGAGAAAUCCUCUCAAUGAGAAACAUACAUUUCAGCUGCCGAUCAGACCAAUUGUCAUAAAAAAUUUCUAUCAGAGUGAGACUCCAAAAAAAUGGAGAGUGGAAAUAAAUAGUGGACAGAAGGAAGUUAAAACACUUUGGCAACUGAGUGACACUCCAUCAAUAAGCCACCUGAAUUUUAACAAAGAAGAUCUGUCCGAGUCGACAUUCAACAACAGUCUUGAAGAAAAAAUGUUUUUCACUAACAUGGUUGCCUGCAGCAAAGUGCAUUUCACAUAAAGUAUGUUGAUAUCAUCCUUAACCAAAAAGGAAACUCUGCAGGCCUUUGAAACCAAAUGAAGAUGACAACACUAAACUUUAUAUGGAAUGAAGCUAUUUUGUUAGUAACCUUUUAUUAGUAAUCUUUUCUUAGCUUUGCUUCCGAAGAAGGAACAUCAGUAGAACUGCACUUAUAAGUAUGCAGAGUGUGCAAACUGUAGGCACCACAAUCUCUGUAACCAUUUGCAUGUGAUGUAACAAAGGUUCUGAAAUGUAAGAAGACAGGGACCAUACAUAAGUCAAUAUUUCAUUGUUUCAGCUGAUGUAACUUUACCGAAAGAUUAAUAAUAUUGAAAAAUCUUUAAAAGAUCAGUUCACGUUUUCACCUAUUUAGAUUUACUAUAUACUGGCACCUAAAUAAUUAAAUGUUGGGAAUUAACUGUAAUAGCAUUCCUUAAAAUGAUUUAUAGAAAAUAGAAGGCAAAGUACUUAGGAUUUACUGCCUUUCAAAUUUAGAGAAAUCUUAAACUAUAUCUUUGCUUCUAAAUGCAUGCAAAUUUUUUUGGUUUUGAAUUUGUUUUGUCUAUGAGCAGCCAAUCUCUGAAUAAUAGCAAAAAUAUUCUACUUUUUUUUCUUACUUUGGUUGGGUGGAAGGAAACAUAAAAGUUGGGGAGAAACAAAGACAAUUGCCAGAAGAAAGUUUGGAAGCACUUAGAAACUUUUGGCAUUGUUAAUAAUAGAAGUAUAAUUAAACAGGUUGUGUGAGAAAUUAUGUUAAGUAUUAGAUAUUAUAUAUAUCAUCUUCAGUAAUGGAACAAUUAAUAUCUUUAGAGUAUAUUGUAGCUUUGUAGGGAAUGCAGUAUUAGUUUGUACUUAAACUAUUGGAAUAUUUAACACUACUUUUUUAUAUUAAGACUAUACUAUCUCAUUUUGUAUUUUUUUUUUAAUCUUUUCCGCUCCUGUUUUUCAAAUGGGUGCCUUAAUAUGAUUCAGUAUUUUUCCCUACCAAAUAGAAAUUUUUAGCAGAUUUUGAAAUGACAGCCUAGCUUUACAGAUAGGCUUAUGCCAAGUUAAAAGUAUUAAAAUCUAGAGCAGCACGUCAUUUCUUAGUAAGCUAUGGUUUUUUAUAUUUUCUUAUUUUUCAUGUUUUCUGGGCGUGUUUUUGCCUAAAUCUCCUAACUGGAAUGUUUAGAGACAGAUUUUUUUCUAUUAUUCUUUUAGUUACCAUUGCAUUAGAAACGCUGAUGUGCAAUAUAUAAAGUGCCCCUUUGUUUUCAGAUUGGUGCCAGUUUUUUGUUUUUUUGGGUUUGUUUUGUUUUGUUUUGUUUUUUGGUACUACCCUCCCUUCCCCUCCCCCCCCCCCCCCCCAAAAAAAAAAAAAAGACCAAUUCAUAAAACUCUCAAGUUUGUUAGUUUGCCUUGGCUAUCAGUAUGCAUCAGUUUGCUUUAUUAGGAGCAAUGUAGUAUAUUAUAAACAUUGCCUCUGUAUUUGUAACUAUCAUGUUAUUAAAGCAUUCUUUUUUUCAUUUUAAGAUAUUUGUAGUUAGCAAUUUAGCAUUUGCUUAUAGGUAAAGUAAGAAUUUGUUUUUAUUUUAAAUAGACGUUAGAAAGUGACUUCAGGAACAUAUAUGAUUUAUGUAAUUCUGGAUAUGACCAUGACAUUUAGUGCACCAAAGAUAGGGACAGAAUAUUUACCUGCAGCAAGGAUCUGGUUGGUGGUAGAACAGGUUUCUGUGGCUAUGCUGUACCAUCUUUCCACCUGGUUAAGAUUAGCUUGAUAAGUAAUGGUUUCUUAGUAGUCAAAGUUUUAGCCUGUUUAAAUCAGUCAGCAAAUACUCAGUGUUCCCUGUGCAGAAUUUUUUUUUUUUUUUUAAGUUUUGUUCUUUGUCUUCAAGUUACCCCAAAAUAAAAAUGAGACAACUCACUUCCCUUAAGGAAUUUGAGUUCUUGCCCAUUUUAGAACACUUGAGUUCCCUUGGAGGUCUUCAUAUGUUCACAGAUAAGUAAGUACAGAAUACAUGACAAAUAGUGGAUGGUGUAAAAACAAUCAUGGAAGCCCUCUUGAAAGGACCUCCAAGGGAACUCAAGUGUUCUAAAACGUGCAAGUGAAGAAAGCCAGCAUUCCAGGCAUGGGAAAGAGUUUAUGCCAGAGGCACUGAGGUAGAGGAUGAAUGUCCCAGACGAGAGAUGGUAAAUAAUCCACUUUGGCAGAUCAUAGAGCCUGGGAGGGGAAAUGAUGUGUAACCAGCAUGGAAAUAAGUCUGAAGCUUAAUUGUGAUGGGUAAACAGAAAUUGUUCUAUUUUAUAUUAACAUUCUGCUAGGUACAAAUACAAAGAAAGAAGAAGCUAAACAUAGCUUGUUGACCUCAAGUAGCCAACAAGCUAAGAACAGGAAAACUGACUGCCCUCUUUUUGCCUCCCUUCCCCCCCCCCCCCCCCCCCGUGUCUUUUCCACUAAUCAUAGAACAGAGUAUGUGCAGUUUUUGAAUAUUCUUUUUUUCUCUAAUAUUUUCUCACAUUAUAUCCCCAAAAGCUUUAAAGUUACUAAAUAUAGAAUUUAGAUAUCUUUCCCAUGAAAAGUUUUGGAGCCAUCUGAUGGAAUGGACUGGACAAUCUUGAUUGAGAAACAGCAAGGUAUCUUAUGUUUAGAAAUGUUAGAGAGCACAAUCAUCCUUUGCUUUUAGUUAGCUUACCAUGUAACCAUUUAUACUAUGUUAAAUUGUGUUAUUCAUAUAUCAAUAAAUAUCUGUAUUCAUGAAUA